AUGUCUUUUAAAAAAAGUAGUAUUUUAAACUUUUUUCAACCGACUCCGGCAAAAAAACAGAAGCAGUGCGAUAAUCUCAAUACAGUUGAGGCCGUUAAUGAAUCUGAUGUUUUGGAAGAAGGCCUUUCAUUAAAUUUAAACGAUGACAUGACUGAUGUUUCAGACAAAACUGGUAAUUCAUCUGCAGAAAUCCCAGGCACUUCGAAUAAUUUAAGAUAUGAUCUUUUGAAAAAUCCAUGGAAACCUGACGAGAAUUAUAAAUUUUCAUAUGUGUUGGAAGGUAAGAGAAAACGGUUCUUUAAAUUCCAUUGGUUUCAUAUAUUUUCCUGGCUGUCUUAUUCUGAUUUGAAAAAGGAGCAUACUAUCUCUGAAAAAUCAGACACAGAAAAGGUGACACUGUGUGAAGCCUUGAUGAUUUACCAAUAUCCAGUAAAGGUUAAAAAAAGGUCAAUUACACUCUUCCAAUGUUCAAAGGAUUCAACAAAGUGCACACACAUUGUAUAUGAAUACGUACUAAACGACGCAUCACACACGAAGCAUGUGAUAGGCGGAGAUCUUUUUGUCAUAUUCGAACCCGGUUACUAA